UGACUCAAUGUGAAAGCUUACUAAAUGUCUUAACAGAUUUUUGUAAAAGAAAACACUAGAAAGUAUGAACACUCAUGUGUACAAUGCAAAAUUGAUGUGAUGAGUUGGGUAGUUCUCUAAUCUCCUCUUUCGGAAUUCGAAAUGCUUCUCGUCUUCUUUUUCGUGUCUAUUGUUAUCUCUUGUCUACCACUCCUUCACUCUGCUACAGACCAAAACCAUUCUAUACCUAUCUGCCCAGAAAGUUUCAAGUGUCCAGCCUUGACUCCAUUCAAGUACCCGUUUUACAAUGUCAAGGACACAAGGGACACACGAUGUGGGUUGAUCAAGGUCAAUUGUACUUCAGAAGGUGGGGAGAUUCAUUUUGAAGGACGGUCGUACAAUAUUUUUAGCAAACUUGAUAUUGAUCAUUAUUCUAGUCUUUUGUUCCUCGGGAGCGGAACACUUGAGCAGCUUGUGAGCAAUAAUAGCUGUGAGGCGCUUAUGAAUAAUUUCACAUCUCCAAGUCCAAGCCCUCUUUUGUAUUCCGUUUCAUUAACGUCCUUCAUCACUCUCUUCAAAUGCACAGAAAAUCUCACUUAUUUUGCGGAACGUGAUUACAAGAGCUACAACAGAUGCAAAGAUUACAACUUCUACUAUAACUACUUGAAACAAACAGUUCCAGGUGACCUCCCACAUGCAUGUCAAGUAGUGCACCUACCUCUGAAAGUGCCAGGCCCGGGAUUUGAUGAAACCAACAUAUUUUCUCUUCUCUAUUCAGGCACCUCUGUUUAUUUUAAUUUGUCACAUUCCUGUAGCGAGUGUCAGAAAAAAGGCCGCCUCUGUGAUACUAAAAAUGGCAAUGAUGUUCAGUGUUUUGACUUCCAAAAGGAAAAAGAAAGCAGCAAUAGGACAAUUAAGAUUCUGGUUCCAGUUAUUCCUGGAUCAGCCUUAAUUCUCAUGCUCCUGAUUGUCAUUGUUAUAAUCUGGCGUCGUUGUAAGAACAAACCUUUUUCCUAUGUCUCAUCAAAGAACAAAUCUGCUGACCUUGAAGACAUAAGUCUGUCAUGUGGCGUCUCCGUUUUCUCCUACAAGGAGCUUGAAGAUGCCACCCAAAAUUUCGACCCUUCUCGUGAACUAGGGGAUGGAGGUUUCGGAGCUGUUUAUUAUGGUAAACUCAAAGACGGGCGAGAAGUUGCAGUGAAGAAACUUCACGAGCACAACUACAAUCGAGUCCGACAGUUCAGAAAUGAGGUUGACAUCCUCACCAAAUUAAGGCACCCGAAUCUUGUUGUUCUUUAUGGUUGCACCUCUAGACAAAGUCAUGAACUUCUCCUUGUUUACGAGUACGUUCCCAACAGCACUGUUUUCGAACACUUGCAUAGAGAACAGACAAAUCCAAACCUGCUAACAUGGCCGAUACGGAUGAACAUUGCCAUUGAAACGGCUAGUGCAUUGGUGUACCUUCAUGCUUCUGAAAUCAUACAUCGAGAUGUAAAGACGACCAACAUUCUUCUUGAUCAUAAUUUCUGUGUAAAAGUAGCAGAUUUUGGUCUCUCAAGGCUUAUAUCGAAUAAUGUCACUCAUGUGUCAACAGCUCCCCAAGGAACCCCAGGUUACGUGGAUCCACUAUAUCACCAACGCUUUCAGUUAACAGAUAAAAGUGAUGUUUACAGCUUUGGGGUAGUCUUGAUAGAACUGAUAUCAUCAAUGGUGGCUGUUGACUUAAACAGGUCUCAAGACGAGAUUAGUUUGGCUAACUUGGCUUUAAACAGAAUCCAAAGAUGUGCAAUUGAUGAACUAAUCGACCCGGUUUUAGGAGCCGAUACGAAUCCAGAAAUCAUGAACAUGAUCACAUUAGUAGCAGAAUUGGCUUUUAGGUGUUUACAAUAUGAUUCAGGUAUGAGGCCUACAAUGAAUGAGGUGCUGGAUGUGUUGAUGGAUAUUCAAGCUGUUGGUAGUAUAGACACUUAUGACAGUACCCGAGACUUGCAAACCGUGAAUGAGCUGCCUUUAUCUGAAACAAAUGAUGCGGUGGUUUUGUUGAAGGAUUUCCUGCCAUCGCCUGUCUCCAUCACUAGUGAAUGGCAAAGGAAUAACAGCGCAUCGACAUCGCUAAGCAGCAAUGAAGAUAAAUUGUCAAUGAAGGAUGAUAUCGCUAAAUAAAAAACUCAUGGGGAACAAGGAUGACAUGAGAGCCAUGUCUUUAUGAAAUUCAUGAAAAUAGCCAUUAAGCAUGAGAUCAUGGAAUCGUAUAACUACUUUUGAUCGUUUGUUUUACUAUUUUUUAAUUAAUGCAAAAUAUGUGUAUAUACAUUGUUUAUUAUCAUCUUUUCUCGCAUAUUCUAGCCAUGGGUCCAACUAUUAAGUAACUAAAGCUCAAGAACUUGCU